GCUCAGAGCCCGCUUUGCCUGCGCUAUGGAACGGCGGAGAAGCGUCUUCCCAAGGGCUAUGAUCGCCGCCGCGAUGCUAACGGUCCUGGUGAUGGGCGCAAUGGUGGCGGCCAGCGCCGGAGAGCAAGACUCUGUGGAUCCUGGCAAACUCCUGGUCCUGACAGCUGCCACGGAGGAGACGGAGGGCUACCAGCGCUUCCUGCGGACUGCCAAGUACUUCAACUAUACUGUCAAGACUCUUGGCCUAGGCGAAGACUGGAAGGGAGGAGAUGUAGCCCGGACGGUGGGUGGAGGACAGAAGGUCCGGUGGCUGAAGGCUGAAAUGAAGAAAUACGCAAGCGAAGAGGACAUGAUCGUCAUGUUUGUGGACAGCUAUGAUGUGAUUCUAGCCGGAAGCCCCACUGAACUUCUCUGGAAAUUCCUGCGGUUCAAGAGCAAAUUGGUCUUCUCGGCAGAAAGCUUCUGCUGGCCGGAGUGGUCACUGGCUGAGAAGUACCCGCCAGUGUCCGUGGGGAAGCGGUUCCUGAAUUCUGGAGGGUUCAUUGGCUACGCUGCCACCAUCCAUCGCGUUGUGCAGCUAUGGAAGUACAAGGACGAUGACGAUGACCAGCUCUUCUAUACACGCGUCUAUUUGGAUCCUGCCUUGCAGGAGAAACAUGGGAUCACUCUGGAUCACAAGUCGAGGAUCUUCCAGAACCUUAAUGGUGCCAUUGAGGAGGUCGUUCUGAAAUUCGAACAGACCCGAGUGCGCGCCCGGAACGUCGCUUACGACACCCUUCCGGUUGUCAUCCAUGGCAAUGGGCCCACCAAGUUGCAGCUGAACUACCUGGGGAAUUACAUCCCCAAUGCCUGGACGUACGAGGGGGGCUGUGAAGUGUGCGAUGAUGGUGUCCUGGAUCUCUCGGAGCUGCCGGAAACAUCCUAUCCACGCGUGCUGCUGGGGGUCUUCAUUGAGCAGCCCACUCCCUUUCUGCCUCAGUUUCUCCGCCGUCUCCUGACCUUGGAUUACCCUUACUCUCAUCUCGACCUCUUCAUCCACAACCGCGUGGUGUUUCAUGAGCCCCAUAUCCAAUCCGAGUGGGAGCAGCUGCGUGAGGCCUUCGACGCCAUCAAACUCGUGGGCCCGGAGGAGGAGAUGAGCGAGGGCGAGGCGAGAGAUAUGGCCAUGGACCUGUGCCGGCAGAACCCCGCCUGCGACUUCUAUUUUAGCCUAGAUGCCGACGCGGUUGUGUCGAACCCAGAGAUCCUGCAGAUACUUAUCCAAGAGAACAAGAAGGUGAUUGCUCCCAUGAUGUCCCGGCACGGCAAGCUUUGGUCCAACUUUUGGGGAGCACUGAGCCCCGAAGAAUACUACGCCCGCUCAGAGGACUAUGUGGAGUUGGUCCAGGGCAAGAGAAUCGGGGUGUGGAACGUCCCCUACAUCUCUCAAGCCUACUUGCUGCGAGGGGAGACCUUGCGCCGUGAGCUGCCUCAACGCAGUGUCUUCACCUUGGACAACAUAGACCCGGAUAUGGCCUUUUCCAAGAGCGUGCGGAUGAAGGGCAUCUUCCUUCACAUCAGUAACCGGGAUGAAUUUGGGCACCUCCUUUCCACUGCCAGAUACAACACAUCCCACCUAUAUCCUGACCUCUGGCAGAUCUCUGAGAAUCCCCUGGACUGGCAGGAAAAAUACAUCCACGAGAACUUCUCGCGAGUACUCGAGGGGGAAUAUUACGAGCAGCCCUGCCCUGACGUUUACUGGUUCCCAGUAUUCACUGACCAGAUGUGCGACGAGCUGGUGGAAUUGGCAGAAAGUUUCGGCGAGUGGUCCGGGGGAAAGCACGAGGAUACCCGGCUGGUUGGAGGUUACGAGAACGUCCCUACCGUUGAUAUACACAUGAACCAAAUUGGUUUCGAGAAGGAGUGGCUGCAGUUCCUGCGGGACUACAUCGCACCUGUCACAGAGAAGCUCUAUCCUGGCUACUACACCAAGGCUCGAGCGAUCAUGAACUUCAUGGUGCGGUACCGUCCGGACGAGCAGCCCUCGCUGCGGCCGCAUCACGACUCCUCCACUUUCACCAUCAACGUCGCUCUCAACCACAAAGGGAUUGACUACGAGGGAGGUGGCUGCCGCUUUAUCCGCUACAACUGCAAAGUGGAAUCUCCCCGCAAAGGCUGGAGCCUGUUGCACCCCGGACGCCUCACUCACUACCACGAAGGCUUGCCCACCACCCGUGGCACCCGCUACAUCAUGGUCUCGUUCGUGGACCCCUAACGCCAGCUCCUCCAUCCCCCCCUUCCUUGACCCUGGGGCACUGAGCGGGCCGCAGCGGUCAACACACUGAAAGCUGGAGACUUGUGGAAAACAGAUUGAUGGAGGGGAGGGGUGUGUGUGUGUCUCCACCUUUAAUCCUGCUGCCUUCUUCCUUGGUGCCUUCAAAACGGGAGGGAAAUGGAUGACUUCCUUCCAGGUGCAGAUAAGACACGGCCCUUGCCCAGGACUGAACUUUUGGUCACCACUAGCGCCAGAGCAACCACCCUCCACGUCAUAUGUGGGUCACAUUGCCCUGAGGUGUGUGUGUGGGGGGGAGAGAGACCAGCACCGGCUCCAGGUUUUUGACGGCCUUUAGGCAAGACACCGUCAGUGCGCGCCCUCCCUCCUCACUGCGUCUGUCUUCUUAAUACCAUUGUCAGUUUGCCGUCGCUCCUCCUCAUCCUCUUUCUUGACACUGCUGCCAUUUGUUUGACAAGCAGAGCCAGUGAGGCAAUGGCACCUGUUGCUUCUUGUAACCACACCACCACCACCACCACUCCUGGGCCAGAUGAACAAGGUGGCCACGCAGGUGAGGAAGGGGCUCUUGCGCAACCUUGCCUACCCUUGAGACCCCAGGCUAUUUGGCACCCUCUUCUCUGGCGAAUGCCACUUAGUCAUGAAGUGUGCCAACCGCCAGCCACCACAGGCCUCUGUGACGUUAGCGGUAGCGCAACCGUUCUUAAAACUUUUUAAUCUCGUGUUCAAAAGGAAGCAACACUGAACGAUGGACGACUCCCGUUGUCCUCACUUUUUGCCUCAGGUCUUUUUGCUGCCCAGUCCGUUCACCUUUAUUUGAGCCAGGUUCGACCCCAGAACCAUUUUAUUUUGGGGUGGGGUGGGGGCUAGGCCAAGGCUCAAGGUGUGGCAUCUGUGAAAUAACGAGCGCUUCUGCACAACUGCGCUGUACCUUUUUCACCCACCACCACCUUUACAUGACAGAAGAUGUAACGGGGAGUGAUUCUGUCCAAGCAGCAAUCUCGAUCCCCAUUUUCGAGAAUUAAGCAGCAGAGAUGGCAGCCGCAUGGGAGGAAAAGGGGACAUUGGUAGUGUGGGAGGAGGCAAGUUUUAAUCCAAGGUAUCCUAACAACUCCCAGUGCUACCAAGCUCCAUGAGGAAGCCUGUCCGUUUCAUGUCGGCUCAAAUGAGGCCGAAAUUGCAGGCAGAAUAGGAUUUGGAGGCUAACCACACCGGAAGGAAGUCCCAAACUUUUAUCUCCCCUAGCAAUGGCCUGUGCUGCAGCCAGGGUGCCCUCUGUACACUCACAUUCCUAAAGAGUUUUACACACUGUGAUCAAGAUAACAGAUGCUACACACCCCUGACUGUCCUUGGCCCAGUCCAGUGGAGAAAGGAUUAUCCUAAAGGGCCACUUGAGGUAUGAUUAGAGUCUUUCCGGUAGUAUGUGGACAGGGUAAUGCAUUGUGGGGGCGUUUCUCCGCAUUUGCUGGAGGGCUUGAGCCAAGAACUCCCACGGGGCAGCAGGUGAGCUCUGGCAGGCACUGACGGCAAGGAGCCUUGUGUAACCUCCCAUAAUCCUGUGGGCUUUUCUUUCUUUUUUUUUUGCCCUCAGCCUGGUCCGGCUGGUGGGGUGGAGAUGUGUCAGUUGCUUCUUGUACAAAGCCUGCAUUAAGUUAUUGGCAUUGCUGUUCCACAGCACACCAAAUAAAUUUAAUUUUUAA